AUGUCAGACAAGAAAAGACCCAAGAGUGCGGACCCAGGUAAGUCCCAGCGCUCUCACAGAUCCAAGAGACCCCACUCGGCCAGACCGGCGAGUGGAAUGAGCGGGGGGAACGAUACGAGUGUGAACACAAACUUCUCCAAGACCCCCGACUUCAAUAAACCCAAAUGCAACGUGGCAGGCUUCUCUAAGACCAGUGACUACGAAAGCUGGCUCCAUCCGUCAUUGCAUAAAUUCUGCCACGAGAUUGUCGCUAAGUUAUACAAAACCAACGCAAAUAGGAAUUUUCUUAUGUCUCCAGUAACUGCUUAUAUUACGGUGGGUAUGUUGAGUUGUGGCGCCAAAGGAAAAACAAUGGAGGAAAUUUGCGAGCUACUUUGUGUCAAGGACAAUAUUCAAAAAUCGGUGAAGGAGUCUGCGACUAUUUUAGAACAUAUUACAACCGAUAAAGAGUUUCGAGUACAUAACACUGAUGGAGUAUUUGUUCACACAAAAUACCCGGUGAUUCCCGAGUUUAAAAGAACCAUUGAAAAAAAAUUCAAGGCGGAAGCUCACCACGCAAAUUUUGAUUCGAGAACAGAAGCUGCCGAAACCAUGAAUACGUGGCUGAAAAGAGCGACAAGAGGGCGAAUUCGAGAGAUUGUCCACGAGACUCAGAGUGACUCCCUUUUGUAUGUCUGCAACACAGUUUACAUGAAAUCGCAAUGGGAAAUGGAGUUUCCGAAGAAGAUGACAAAACAAGGCACUUUUAACGCCUCUGGCAAAACUGUGUCUGUAAUGUACAUGAACAAAGCGGACACCUUUGAGUAUGUGGAUAACUCAAAACAUGGGUUUGAGGUCAUUUUCCUGCCUUAUGAAGGACAAAUUGAGAGAGAUAGAUGGCAGAUGGCCAUAUUUCUACCCAAUAGUCGCAUCAACAUGGCUCAGUUGUCACACUUCAUUAAGUCAAAACACUUGAGACGACUGAAGAAGAAAGUGAAGCAUACUGACUUGGAUGUGAAGUUGCCUAAGUUCAAGAUGACGACCACAAUUGACCUGAUGCCGCUUAUGAAGCAUUAUGGGCUGAGAAAUGCUUUCGACUCGAAAACUCGAAAACUGCAGAUUUGA